UGACAGUAGCAGCAGUGAGAUGGGGCGGUGGUGGUCGCCGGCGUCGGCGGCUGUGGAGCCGCGGUCCGUGCAGCUCCUCCUCCUGGGCGUCGCCCUCGUCGCCGCUUCCUUCUACGCCGGCACCCUCUUCGGCUCCUCCGCGUCCCCGGCGCUCGUACUGCCCGCCUCGAGGUCCCGAUCGCCCGAUUCCUUCAGUGCCGAAGUUGCAGAUGUUCCGAUGUUUACAAACAGAGUUUCUCGUAAGUACCGGGCGAAACCAGUCGCAGUUCCAGAUCAUGGAGUUGAUGUGUGUCCUUUGGAAUACAAUGAGUAUGUCCCCUGCCAUGAUGCAUCCUAUAUAAGAAGCUUGAAGAACCUGGAUAGAUCUAGGCAUGAGGAUCUUGAAAGUAUUUGUCCUCCACGAGAGAAACAAUUGUUCUGUUUGGUGCCCCCUCCAAAUGACUACAAGAUACCAAUAAGAUGGCCAACAAGCCGAGACUACGUAUGGCGUAGUAAUGUCAACCAUUCGCAUCUUGCUGAGGUCAAAGGAGGACAGAACUGGGUGCAUGAGAAGGGCAAGCUUUGGUGGUUUCCUGGAGGUGGUACUCACUUCAAACAUGGUGCAUCAGAGUACAUAGAGAGGCUAGGAAAUAUGACAACAAAUAAUACUGGUGAUCUCCGUUCUGCCGGAGUAGUUCAAGUUUUGGAUGUUGGAUGUGGUGUUGCUAGUUUUUCUGCUUAUCUUCUUCCCCUAGACAUUCAAACCAUGUCAUUUGCUCCAAAAGAUGGCCAUGAGAAUCAAAUACAGUUUGCUUUAGAACGUGGGAUUGGUGCAAUGAUCUCUGUGUUGGCCACAAAACAAUUACCUUAUCCUGAAAGUUCAUUUGAAAUGGUUCACUGUUCAAGGUGUCGUGUUGAUUGGCAUGAAAAUGAUGGAAUAUUGCUCAAAGAGGUAGACCGCCUUUUGCGACCUAAUGGAUAUUUUGUAUACUCUGCUCCACCGGCUUAUAGGAAAGAUAAAGACUUCCCUGUUAUCUGGGAGAAGCUAGUUAAUAUUACAACAACAAUGUGUUGGAAGCUUAUUGCUAAGCAUGUUCAAACAGCUAUUUGGGUUAAACCUGAAGAUGAAUCCUGCCGGCAGAAAAAGGCUGAUAUGAAGCUACUGAAUAUUUGUGAAUCCAAUGACAACGUUUCACCAUCAUGGAAAAUUCCGUUAAUGAAUUGUGUGAAGCUUAACAAGGACAAAUCCAAUAUUCAGAAAUUGCCUUCCAGAUCUGAUCGCCUAUCAUUUUAUUUCAAGAGUUUGGAGAUGAUAGGAGUCGCACCAGAGAGGUUUGAGAAGAAUAACCAGUUCUGGAAGAACCAGGUUCACAAGUAUUGGUCAUUUCUUGGUGUUGAAAAGACUAGCAUUCGGAACGUCAUGGACAUGAAUGCUAAUUAUGGCGGAUUUGCUGCAGCACUAAGCAGUGACCCUGUCUGGAUUAUGAAUAUAGUACCCCAUACCAUGACGAACACAUUGCCAGUUAUCUACGACCGUGGGUUACUCGGUUCUUACCAUGACUGGUGUGAGCCAUUCUCAACAUAUCCUAGAUCCUAUGAUUUGUUGCAUGCUUUCCACCUCUUUUCUCAUUAUGAAGGUGGCAAGGAAGAUUGUUCGUUGGAGGAUAUCAUGUUAGAAAUGGAUCGCAUCAUUCGACCCCAGGGUUUUGUCAUUAUUAGAGAUGAGAAUCACACUCUCUCAAGAAUCAUCGAUCUAGCACCGAAGUUCCUUUGGGAUGUUACUGCACACAUGUUGGAAAACGAGGAUAGCGGGACAGAUCAAGUUCUGUUUUGCAGGAAGAAAUUCUGGGCUAUUGUUUGAGUUAUAUUCUGGGCUAUUGUCUGGGAAGGUGCCAUCUUAUAUCCUCGAACAAACAAUCUUCCUUGCGACCUUCUGGGCUAUUGUCUGGGAAGGUGCCAUCUUAUAUCCUACCUUUGGUUGCCCUUUGUAUCACUGAGAACAGAAUGUAAGGAGAGCUUUUUGGCAUGGUGGAUAUUUCAUUGCACGUUCUCUGCAGUUGAGAGUAGUGCAUUGUUGAGAAAGCAUAUGGUACGGUGGUGCCGUUGAGAGGUUUAUUCAGAAACUAGCUCGGAUAUUUUUUUGCUUUUGAGCUGUACUGUUUGUCUAUGAAGGACAUGGGUGAGCCGGUAAGGUGUAGUCUUACUGACAGUGUUUUGUAGUUUCUCUCAUAAGGAAUAGCCGUUAAUUCAUUUGUUAUCCUAUUCACUAAUGACUGAUUAGGUUUAGGUUCUCAACAAUGUGUUGAUAGUGUAGUUUCUGUUGUUCCAAUUGGGGAUCAUCUGUAGUACUAUAAACCUUAUGGAAGGUACUGUUUGCAGCGAAUGGCGAGGUGUGUUUGUUACACUA